UGUGAUCUCUCCCAGAGGGGCCGGAGAGGCGGGGACUCCUUGGCGGGGCCAGAUCACGAGAGGGAGCGAGAAGGGAGAGAGAGAGAGCGCGCUCGCUCGCCUUCUCUGCCGGGUCUCUCUGCCUCCGCUGCUGCAGCUGCUCGCUGCGUCCGAUCCUUCCCUUGUCCCCAGCGGACAGGAGCCGCGGCGGGGAAGAUGCGCAGGCAGCCGCCGCCGGGCCAACAAGAGCACCUCUACAAGCUGCUGGUGAUCGGCGACCUGGGCGUGGGCAAGACCAGCAUCAUCAAGCGCUACGUCCACCACAACUUCUCCCCGCACUACCGCGCCACCAUCGGCGUGGACUUCGCCCUCAAAGUCCUCAGCUGGGACGCGGAAACGGUGGUGCGCCUCCAGCUUUGGGAUAUCGCCGGUCAAGAAAGGUUUGGGAACAUGACCCGUGUCUACUACCGGGAAGCUGUGGGAGCUUUUAUCGUCUUUGAUGUUACAAGGCCGGCUACUUUUGAAGCUGUCACCAAGUGGAAGCAGGACUUGGACACUAAAUUGACUCUCCCCAAUGGCCAGCUGGUGCCAACUGUCCUGUUAGCAAACAAAUGCGACCAAGGCCAAGAGUUGCUGGUGAAUAAUGGCUUCAAGAUGGACCAGUUCUGCAAGGACAAUGGUUUUGUGGGAUGGUUCGAAACAUCAGCUAAGGCCCUGCCUCCCCUGCCUCCCCUGACUGCACGUCCCUGGAAGGCAACACCGGGCAUGUCAUUCUAUAAACAGGACAACAUCAACAUUGAGGAAGCGGCUCGGUGCUUGGUGAAGCACAUCAUUUCCAGUGACAGUCAGCCAGUGCAUCCCAUCAAGCCAGAUGUCGUUAACCCUCACCUGAAUCCUUCCAAACGCCAUCCCUGCUCAGCUUGUUUCAGAACCUAAGCAAUUUCCAAGCUGUUUAUGGAUACUGGAACUUUGCCCGUUAAGAACUCAUGAAUAACCCAUGAAGCAGGAUCUCCCUAAGACAAGGCAGCUGGGCUUGUGCUGCUCUUGAACAAACAGAAAUCCAGAUUAGAAAAUGUGUAUCCUUCCUCGACAUAUGGCUGAGAUGAACAAGAAAGGGGGAAAAAGCCCAAAUGUUUAAAACAAAUAUUUUUCUUUUAUUAUUCUUUUGAGUAGUUUGUUGGAGAACCUUAUGCAAAUAGUGGUUUAUUACCUGGCCAAUUUAUGUUCAUUAUACUUGCUCAGCCAAAGUGCUUUCCUUAAAAGACGAAGGUGUCCGAAUAUGUUGUUUGUCACUUU